AUGUGUCCACUUACACAGACAGUCAGUGAACAGUCACAAGUCCGCGGAUCUCCAUUUAUUCACAUUUUUGUCGCUGUGUCGCUAUUUUUUACGACAAAGCCAAAACUCUUCUGCGUCUGUGCUGUGCUGUUACUGCCUGGUCUCCUGGCUAGUCCAAUUGGCGACUCUUCUCUCGAUCCAGUUGCAGCAUCUGACAAAUUGUCCGAUGUUACGAGAGCCAAAAGGUCAGGAUUUGACUUGUUUGGUGGCAUCAAAAAGCAUAUACUGAGUGGAAUUGGUCAGGCUUCAGCAUCACUUGCGGCGGGAAGCAGCGGCAGCAGCAGCUCUAAAAGCCAUCCAGCACCGCAUGAAGAGAUCAAGAUUGACGCUUGGCAUUUGAAGAAGUCCAUCCUCAACACUCUGUUCCAAGCUGUGAAAGCCAUCACGGGUGGCGUUACGGCCAUCAAGGGUCAGCUAAUCAAAGGAAGUGGCUACCUGAUAAGUGCUAAAGGAAAGUUGAUUGCCGCCAGUGGAGACAAGGUUACAAAUGUGGGGAAGAAGAUUGUCACAAAUGCCAUCCUUGUGCCGCCAAAUCCUCAUCCCUUCGCCAAGCUGAGCGGUGGAUCUUCAAGCUCACAGCAUUCGAGUCCAACUGGCCACAGUGAAAGCUUCACUAGCUUCGAGAGUCCAAUCACUGUGGAGCACCAUCACAGCUAUGACACUCAUUCCGAGCAUGCAUACCUGCCCCCAGCCCCAUUGACGACAUCCUACGGCUCACCAUCUGUGUCCCCGGGUUACGUAAGCACGAAAUAUGGAGCACCGACCACGGCCUUUGACUACCAUUCGCAUGUGAAUUAUCCGCCACUGACGACUGGACAUUCAGCGAAUUACAUACAAUCGAAAUCCAUUCAGAGCGCUGCUGAUGUGUUGCGACAAGUGCUGAAUGAGAAAGUCCCAUCCAGUACUGACCACCCACCUCAAGACAAUUACAAACUGACCCAGUACGCCAUACCCUCAGAUCCCCAGUCGUAUGUGCCACAGUUCAAGCCUCUCGGGCCCAAUCAGGCCUACGGACCGCCAAUUGGCGUGGUUCAGACUCAGACUAUCACGACUGCUUAUGGAAAUCCGGCCGCCCUGCCCAGUGUCCAGCACAACUGGCUCACCAACCCCAAGGAUCCAUACGCUACGUACGCAGCGAUGACCGCAAAGAACCAGCAAUCACACGCCUUGCCAAAGAAAAGUGUCACGGUCGUUGAGGACUCCAAACCCGAUGCCACGGACAAUAGAGUUCACCAUCAGCAGCUCAAGAGCAUAAAGCACAUGAUUGGUGGCGCGGACUUCGAUAUACAGCGCUCAGUGAGCUACGAACUCACAGAUGGACCCAGACCGAAAAGACGAACGAUACUGACGAAAAGAACCAAGUGGUAGUCAAGUUCUGACGCAGCCGUUUAAUGCCAAAACGUCUAUCGAGCCAUUUGUGGAUGUUGCGCAAACGUGGUGAAUCCUCGCGAGGAUUUGCAGUGAAUCGCGGGUACCGGUGAAAAUCUACUCUAUAAGCUUGUAAUGUGGAUAGGA